AUGGCACCCAGUCUUUUGCUAGACCCAGAGUCGCCGCCCUCGUCCUAUGUCCACACCACCAAGCAAGCCUUCAGCCAGGACGGCGGAGUGUCACUCAAGGAAGCUCAGGCUCCUGUUGGCGGCGACUUUUCCUUCUCUUCUACAGCUAUGAACGGCCAUGGUAAUGGCCAUGUCAGCGGUAGCAAUGGCUUCUCCGGCAACGGGUUCUCAGAUGCUCAGCAAGGCGGAGGCGAUUUCAUUACUGCUCAGACUCUUCGUCAACAAUCAGACAGCUAUGCGACUCAGGCUCGCACUUCGGGAGACGGAAAGCGUCCCAACAUCUUGUACAUUAUGGCCGAUCAGAUGGCCGCACCCAUGCUAAAGUUCAAUGACCCAGAGUCAGUUAUCAAGACACCUCAUCUUGAUGAGCUUGCUAGGACCGGCGUCAACUUCGCGAGCGCUUACUGCAACUCACCUCUGUGUGCACCAUCUAGGUUCACCAUGUGCAGCGGUCAGUUGCCAUCCAAGAUCGGAGGAUACGACAACGCCUCGAUUCUGAGCCCGGAAAUUCCGACCUACGCCCACUACCUCCGCCGCGAAGGAUACGAGACUGCGCUCGCAGGAAAGAUGCACUUCAUCGGCCCGGAUCAGCUCCAUGGCUUUGAGCAUCGACUCACUUCCGACAUCUACCCCGGCGACCUGGGAUGGUCCGUCAACUGGGACAAGCCAGAGGAGCGUCAAGAGUGGUACCACAACAUGGCCUCGGUCAUGCAAGCCGGGCCAUGUGUGCGAUCGAACCAACUCGACUAUGACGAAGAUGUCAUGCACAAGUACCUCUACGACUACGUUCGGUCUGACCCCGAGAGCCGUCGGCCAUUCGCCUUGACCAUCUCUUUGACUCACCCACAUGACCCUUACACCAUGAUUCAGGAAUACUGGGACCGAUACGAGGGCGUCGACAUUCCCCUGCCAAAGGUUGAGAUCGCGCAAGAGAACCAGGACUCUCACUCCCAGCGUCUGCUCAAGACCAUCGAUCUGUGGGACAACCCCGUUCCAGAUGAGGCCAAGAUCCGCGCGCGCCGUGCCUACUUCGCUGCUUGCAGCUUUGUUGACGACCAGGUUGGCAAGCUCGUCCGUCUCCUCAAGAACUGCAGGCUCGACAAGGACACAAUCAUUGUCUUUUCUGGAGACCACGGUGACAUGCUUGGCGAGAGGAGCCUAUGGUACAAGAUGAGCUGGUACGAGAACAGCGCGCGCGUUCCCAUGAUCAUCAAUGGACCCAACAUUGCGCCCAAGAAGGUCAAGGAGUCGGUGUCGACGAUGGAUCUUCUGCCGACAUUCGUCGACCUCGCUGGGGGACAGGUCGAUGACCGCCUACCACUUGAUGGUGUAAGCCUCCACGAGUACCUCGUCUCGGAUAAGCCAGGCAAGGACGAAGUGUUCGGCGAGUACAUGGGCGAAGGCACCGUUACUCCGACCUACAUGAUCCGUCGUCACGAGUGGAAAUUCACCUACUCCCUGGCCGAUGGACCGCAACUCUACAACCUUGUAGAAGACCCGCAGGAACUGCAUGAUCUUGCCACCUCCCCAGAGCCCCACAACCAGAAGAUGCUCGCCAAGUUCGAGGCGGAGGCGCGCGAGAAGUGGGACUUCAAGACGAUCCACAACGACGUCGUCCGAAGCCAGCGCAUGCGCCAGGUUGCUUGCAGUGCACUGAAGAUUGGUCGCAAGGAAUCAUGGGACUACCAGCCACCGGCCAACGACCAGAACCGCUUCAUCCGCUCGCACAUUCCUCUGGACGAGCUCGAGCGUCGCGCCCGCUUCCCCAUCGUGGACUACCUGGGCCGCGAGAAGUCAGCUUCGGCAUCCCACCAUGGCCUCGCAGGAGCGGCUGGUCAGUGA